UCGGAAUCCGGGGACUACUCUCUUUCUUCCUAGGCAUAUCUCUACCUUAUUCUUUAUCUAUUCAACGCAAAUUACCAAGUCUGAUGAACCCCCCAAAUAGCCUCAUUACGGUAUGCAGCAUCUCUCUCGCAUCGUUGGAAGAGUCCGCGUUUCUGCGUGCCCCCUCAGCGGCCAUCCCGAAACGUUAUAGAUUUCUAGACUGCAAGUUACUUGUCGAAAAACAGCUCCUGCAGAUCUACGAGAUUUCGGAGCUCUCCAAUCUCGACUACACUGCAGUAUCAUACGUGUGGCGCGGCCAAGUGCCUAAGAACCCGCAUCUAGAGGAUGCAUCUUUUCAUGUCGAAGGUACAUUCGACGAAAAUGGCAGGCCCGAAGAUAAGCCUGAUCCUAUAAGCCUGAGAGUGCUCCGACACGCCUGUACAGCAUCAAUACACCAAGGCUGCAAUCUACUUUGGCUGGACAGGCUGUGCAUACUGCAGAGCAACAAAGAAGACAAGAAGUGGCAAAUUAGGAACAUGUACGGCAUAUACAAAAGUUGCAAGAGCUGUAUAGUUCUGGCAGGUGGCUUGCAUUAUUUGGUCCCUCUUCAAACAGCGACAGCAUGGAUCCAUCGUUCUUGGACACUUCAAGAGUGCCUUGCACCGCAGAAGACACUUGUACUAUUUGCAUGGAGCGACGGCCCGGGUGCAAUUCUGGCUGGCGACGAGCACCACAACAUCGAAGAAAUUAUACCCUCUGAGAGUGCUAUAUCUAGCCUUCCUGCCAUUGUCGAUGGCUGUUCACAGGGGUUUCUCGAGUUCCAGCCACAUCCAGCAGAUUGGCAUAAGUCUGGUCGCAGAGUGAGCUGUAACAUCUUCGGUUCACAGACUCCAAAUGUUCUAGCUCUCGGGGCCGCGCUCAGCGAGACACUUGGCGACGACCCGGAUGCGCGCUACAGUUCGAUUUGGCAAUGUGCUCUCAUGCGGACAUCCUCCCGUCCUGUCGAUAUGGUCCUUAGUAUCAUGGGUAUUUUCGGCGUUUCUCUCGAUCCAGGCGCUUUCGAUGAGAAUGAUCGCCUACGCGCGACUGUGGCCUUGGCUCGUGAGAUUCUCUCCAGCGGAGGAAGGGCAUGCUGGCUCGGGAUCUCGCUCACCCUACCCCUCUCGAGUGAGAUAUCGACAUUUCCUGCUUUCCCGGAAACAACUGUACAGGGGAAAGCAAUGGUGCACACACCAGAAGGGAAGAAAGAGGUUGCAGAGAUGAUGGAAGGGUGUUACCCAAACAGUCUUGGCCUCAGGAUGCCGCUUCCGCAAGGAUCGAUGGACGAAUCCGGCGCGUUGACUGCGGUGUUCAAAUUUGCACGUGCAGCGCCCAUUGACUUACCGAAUCGUUCGACCUUCAAGCCCCGGUCAGUACUUCUAGACCAGAUGCGACCCGAAGAGGGGCAGAAAGGAGAUGUCUGUCUGGGCUACAACUCAACACUCUCGUCUAUAGGGCGUCACUCUUGGCGAACUGAGCACCCUCAGUGCUCUGACGCUGAAAAGGAAGUUCUGGCCAGAUGUGGGAACGGAGAAUCAUUUGUCCUCUCUAGAGAUAGCAACCAUGAUCUGGAGAAUCAGGCCUCGGACACGUUCGCUCUCAUAUUCGGAUGGUUCAAUGAAUACUAUCCGGGUGCAACGACAGCAACAAAAAGAAACAACAUUAGGGGAAUGCUAGUUCGAGAUGACGCACCCAAUCGGUUCCGUGCUAUCUCCUUCUUCUCGAUUGACCGUAAGUGGAGAGAUUGGGCAAUGUUGUUAGACAGCCGCGAGUUCUGCAUUGGCGGCAGAUCUCAUCAAUUAUAAUAGUCUGCUAAAUGGAUAAUCGUCCUGUUGUGGCCAACAACUCAUUGUAUAUGGAAGCUGUGAUACAUCAAGUCAUCUGGUUUCGUUUAUUGGUGGCAAUGCCUAACGAAUGGCUCAUUGUAAUGUCAGCAAAGGGAUGUUUGCGA